AUUCUUCUUCUUCCUCUUCUUCUUCUUCUUCUUCGUCGCGCGGCUCCGACAGGAGACCGAGCGAAAGCUUCGUCGGCAGCCGUUUCCGAUCGGAUCGCACCUCUCCUCCGAUCGCCGGAGUCUGCGCUUGCCGCCUCUUGCGCCUCCUCAAGCGAUUCAUCCCCCUGUUUCGCGCACAUCCGAGUUCGUCCGCCGCCCGAAUCAGGAUCAGAUGAGUGAAAAUCGCAGUUAUGGAAGUAACUUCUUUGCAAGCAGCCAAUCAAGGAAAAUUUCCAUCGGAAUUAUGGUUGACUCAUCAGCAAGGAGGAUACCUGGACCAGUGAGGGACAAUGAGGUGGCAGUGCCAGCUGAGCUUGGUGUAGACGCUAACAAACAAGAUUUAGCUGGAGGAGGUGUAGCUAAUAGCAGAGGAAGAAGGCCAAAUGAGUGUCAGGAGCAUGAAGGAUCCCCAUGGAUUUCCAAAAGAUCUAGUCACAGGAACUCAGCAGGUUCAGAAGGUGUAUUUCGUGCAAAGCUUACAGGAACUAAAACAGACAAAAAGGAGAUGCAAAGCAAACCCAAUGGAUUGAAAGGUGCACCAGUAGAUCAUUCGGUUCGACUUUUUCCCUUACAAUCUGACCAUGUCAACCAGAAAAGGUUUGAUGACCACAAGAUAAAUGAAGAGAGGAAUGAAUAUGCAGAGACUGUGCAUAAGUGUGCAUCUUCAACUGUAAGGGCGGCGCUUACAUCAGAUGGAGCAACUCUGGGGGACAAGACUGGCAGUAUAAUGAAGAACCAAAGUGAAUCUUUGAGGAUCAAGCUGCAGGAGUUGCUGGAAACUGUUGCCUCACCUAACAAAGAGAAGACCAGCUCGCAGCCUGUUGAGGUUGGUGUCACUUCGCUUCGGCCAGAGAAGAACUGGGAUCAAACCAGCGAUAAAGUUAUCAAGCCUAAACAAAAUUCAGAUACGAUAGAGAAUGAUUCUGAAAGUCCAUAUUGUUCAAAUAGAAGGCCAGUGACUAAAGCUUUGACCCGAAAAAGAGCCUCAAGUAAGUUGCGACCAAAGAAAUUAGAAAGUGGCCUUCUCUCGGCUUACAAACAGAAAUCCAAGGAAAGAAAUAUCUUUUCAUUUGAAGAGGGGCACAUUGGAAUACGAGGUACUGCUAAAGGAAGUUCCUCAAAAGUUAAAAGCAGCAAGAAAACCGAGAGAAAAUAUCCCAGAAUUGAUCCACGCAAGCUUUCAUUUUCUUCGAAGAACAAUCAGGAUGAGAACCAGCACUCAACUGGCAGAAAUGGAAAUUCAGCAUCAAGAGAAAGAUCAUCUCCACAUGGUUACAGAAGACGAAGCUUGCAUGACUUCACUUUGCCUGUCAACAUCAACCUAGAAAAGAUUUGUGGAGGAAGAGAUCUCCCCGAGCAACCAGCAAUAAGCAAACCGUGUCAGCAUGAAGCUAUAGAGAGCUCAGCUUUAGCCAAAAAUAAAGGCCAGAGAGAAGGUACAGGUAACUCAUCCCCAAAGGUUUAUGUUGAUCAAUGGGAUGAUUUCUUAAGUCCAACAUUUCAAAGAACUCAAAUAGCGGACUUCUCACCAAGUCCAUUGAUUCAAGAAGACCAGGUGGGGCAGGAAGCUGGUAAUUUUGCGCAAGUAAAAUUACCAGCUUUAGCCAAAAAUAAAGACCAGAGAGAAGCUGCUGGUAACACAUUCCCAAAAGUUCAUGUUGAUCAACGAGAUAAUUUCCCAAGUCCAACAUUUCAAAGAAUUCAAAUGGUGGGCUCCUCACCAAGUCCAUUGAUUCAAGAAGACCAGGCAGGGCAGGAAGUUGGUAAUUUUGCACAAGUAAAAGGAAUUUUUGACAAGGAAGAUAUCUUCAGCUUCAAGAGUUCUCAUCUGAGGAAGCUUCAAGAUGGAUCUAGGGUGCAAUCUGAAGCUUUUGAAGUUGCAAAGGAGCUUCCAGCCUCUCCUCCUAGAAAUGCAGUCCUUUCGAAGGAGAAUGGCGUAGAUCAUAGUUCAUCUGAAUCAUCAUCUGAAAAGAAAGAAUCAGAGAGCUCUGAGGAAGAAGGUCUUCACGAAGAGGAGGCAUUCUCACCGGAAACUGGUGUUGCUGAGAAACUGAAGUUUAUGCUGCACAGAACUAAGAGGCUGUGCAGUGAUGGAGGCAUUCAGUCUCGUUAUACUGAUCCUGCCUCGAGCUCUCCAAAAGAGACUGGAGAAAGCAAUUUGGAGCGACAUACAGUGGAAGAGAAUACAGGGGAUGGGUAUGCAAGGGACAUUGGAUUGCUUGCCUUGGCGUUAGAGAAGCUUAAAAGCAAGUUGAAGUCAGUUACCACGAAGAAGACUGCUGAAAUUUUAACAUCCGUUAACGAGAGGAUUCAUUUGCAGCUGCAAACUGUUGAGUCUCAAAUUCAAUCAGACAUGGGUAAACUCAAAAGCCUAAACAAACAAAAAAGGAAACGUCUAGAAACAGAAUUCCAAGAGCAAGAUGAACAACUCAACUUGAUUCAUGGGAACUUUAUAAAAGAAAUUAAUCGGCACCUUCAGAGUUUCAAAGGCACAAUUGAAGGUCUAGAGAAGAACAACAUACAGUUGGCAGAAGUCAUGGAGAAGCAGAAAGCUUCACACAAGAGACUUAUCUUGCAACUGGAAGAAGCAAUCGGGACCCAACUCCAUGAUGCUGGGAAAAGAAUCUCAGACAUGAACAAGUUGGCGAGGGAGCAAAUGCUCCAGUUGAAACUUGUCAUGGAGAAGUGUGUAGAAGGAGGACUUCUGUCUUGAUAUCAUAUCUGCGUCUGGUCUGCAAAGAGUAUUCGCUCUGAGGACAGGUCUGGAGGAUAGUAAACCAUAUGAAGAACCUGAAACUAAUCAUCUUUCAUAGUUUAUGCUUUUGCUUGUACAUUCUCAUAUUUAGACCUCCAUCAUAUAGGGUGGUAACAAAGGCCCUUGCAGUUCUUGAUAUGUGCUUAUCAAGGGUAGCAAGGUUAUAGAAGAGCAACAUUUAGGACCUGUUC